GACCCGCCGCCGCCGCCGCGCUCGGCUCAGCUGCUCGGCUCGGGCGCUCUCGCCGCUGCCGCCCCGGAGGAGAGGUUUUAAAAUGGAACAUUUUGACGCAUCACUUAGUACCUAUUUCAGGGCAUGGCUCGGCCCCCGAGAUACAAGGGUAAAAGGAUGGUUUCUUCUGGACAAUUACAUCCCCACUUUUAUCUGCUCCAUCAUAUACUUACUAAUUGUAUGGCUGGGACCAAAAUAUAUGAAGAAUCGGCAGGCGUUCUCUUGCCGGGGAAUUUUAGUGCUAUAUAACCUGGGACUCACGUUGCUGUCUCUCUAUAUGUUCGUUGAGCUGGUGACUGGAGUAUGGGAAGGCCAGUACAACUUCUUCUGUCAGGGCACACGCAGCGCGGGAGAAUCCGAUAUGAAGAUCAUCCGUGUACUGUGGUGGUACUACUUUUCCAAACUCAUAGAAUUCAUGGACACCAUCUUCUUCAUCUUGCGCAAGAACAACCACCAGAUCACGGUGCUGCACGUCUACCACCACGCCUCGAUGCUGAACAUCUGGUGGUUCGUGAUGAACUGGGUCCCCUGUGGCCACUCUUAUUUUGGGGCCACGCUUAACAGCUUCAUCCACGUGCUCAUGUACUCGUACUACGGGCUGUCCUCCAUCCCGUCCAUACGGCCGUACAUCUGGUGGAAGAAGUACAUCACCCAGGGCCAGCUGCUCCAGUUCGUGCUGACCAUCAUCCAGACCACCUGCGGCAUCAUCUGGUCAUGUAGUUUCCCUCUGGGUUGGUUGUACUUCCAGAUCGGAUACAUGAUUUCACUGAUCACGCUCUUCACCAACUUCUACAUUCAGACCUACAACAAGAAGGGAUCUUCCCGGAGGAAAGAGCACCCCAAGGAGCACCAGAACGGCUCAGCAGCGAUGGUGGUCAACGGGCACACCAACAACUUCGCUCCGCUGGACAACAGCGUGAAGCUGAGGAAGCAGCGGAGGGACUGAGCGCGGGUCUGACUCGCGUCCCCCCGGCCGUGUGGCCCGCAGCUCCUCUGGCCUCUUCUAGUGUGGCCCUGCAGGGCCGCGUCAGUCCCACCCCCCUAGAACGCGUGCACACAGAUUCUGCAGUAGGCAUUCGAUCGCUAACGUUCCUGGGCUCUCACCCCCGCCUGCGCCACGCCGUGCCGCGGAGGGGGGUGUCCUCGUAGUAGCCGACACUGCUGUUGCCUUAUUAGUUAUAACCUGAUAGGUGCUGAAUUGUGACUCACAAUUUAAGAACACUGUAAUCCCAACUUUCUUUUUUUUUUUGUUUUUACUCUAGAUCAUGCAUGUGACUGUAAAUUUGUACAAUGUUGUGACCGUAGAGAAACACACAUGCCUUAAAUUUACAAAGCAGGGCCCAAAGCUUAUUAGUUUCAAUUUAGGGUAUGUUGCAAGGUUUUAAUUCAUUUUUAAUAGUGCGGUAUAAGGGGGGGAAAAAAACACAGUCAAAGACGGUGACACCUAAUUUCGAACACCUUGUAACAACAACAGCGACAACAACAAAAAUCAGAAAGGCACCUUGGGUUUUGUAAUCUUGGCUUUAAGUCAGAGAGCCGAUCAAGUGGGACAGGCAGUUUUAACUUUUUAACAGAUCUUAUUUUUUUAUUUUGAGUGCCACUAUUAAUGUAAAAGGGGAAAACAUAUGGGGGGCUUGAAAGCUGUCUUGCGGAACAUGAAUACUUAUUCUUUGCCUUCAGGAUUUUUAGGAGGUGAGUCACAUGUGUAGGCCAUUCCAGCUUCCUCCGCUGCUCCGUGCUUUCUUUUCUGGCAGGAAACGGCCCGUUUUGUUUUUCACUCACAAGCAGUUACGUGCUUUUCGAGAGAGAUCACCUUGGUAUUUGCCAUAGACAGUGGGGAGCUGGUUUCCAGGGUCUCAUUAGAUUGAUUUCAGUCAUAGACUGCUACCUGUUUUGACACAAACUUUUCUUUUAAAAUGUGCCUAGACUACCCAAAUUGAUAGGGAGAAAAGGGACCUUACAAUUUUUUUAAGGUGAAAUUAAACGGCUGCUAUCACGCGGAACUAAGAGAUCAUUUUUGAUGUGAAUCUAAUCGCACCACCUAUAAUUUUUUUUCCUUCUUCCUGCUUUAGAUGCUGAAAAUUUGCUUAGAAGCGCUUAUUUAAAAAUCAUAGACUGGCUUCUCGUAAAAUCAUGUGUUCCCCCCCCCCCCCCAUUGAGGCAGAGAUUAAACAGUUAAGGACAUGUUUAAGAUGUGUCAUUUUAAAGUGUUGGAAUUUAGCCUCUGGAUACCUCCUUUUACAUGUGGGGGUGGGGGGGGUGGGCUGGGGAGAAUCAUCAUAGAACCACUCAACAUACUUAGAAGGACAUUGGAAAUGUGUAAACUAAUUGUUGGUUUGAUAUUUAUGUAAAUAUCAGUUUAUCAUGCUUUAAUUUUGCACAUUCAUAUUCUAGGGAGCUGACUGGCUCUUAUAUUAUUAGUCUUGUGGGUUUUCUCUUUGGAAGGAGUCAUAGCAUCUGUUUACAUUGACCUUAUCAAAUCUAGAACGUGUAUAUUUGUAAAUGUUUGUCUUCCCAGGUACUAGUUUGCAAAUGUCGUCACAGAAUUCAGUACAGGAACUAUAACAUUCGGUAGUAUGCUGUCAAAGUGUGCUCGAGCUCACCUGGAUAGAUCCACACUGUUAAAUAAUGUCUAAACAUUAAUCAUUAAAACACUUUCGAUUACC